CUCCCUUUCCUCCCACCUCCUCCUCCCCGUCCUGCUCCCAGGAUGCGCGGGGCCGUUCCCAGGCUCAGCCUGACGCUGCUGGCGGCGGAGAGCGGCGCCCGGCUCUGUGCCAUCAUCCACUACCUUGUCCGUGGGCAGCUGGGCUGGUUCGGGCUGACCAUCGCCUGCCUGGUGCCCGGCUACGCCGCCCAGCUCCUCAGCAUCCUUUGGUUCCGGGCAGACGGACACACACCCGGCUGCUGCCUCCUGGCGCUCCACCUCCUGCAUCUGGGCCUCUGGAAGCGGUACUGGGAUGUUCUGCGGGCGGCGGCGAAGACGGGCGGUGGUGCCGGGGAGCUGCUGGCUCAGCUCGGGGAUGUUUGUGUGCUGCGGCUCCUGGAGGCCCUGCUGCAGACCCUGCCUCACCUUCUGCUCCAGGCCUAUGUUGUGGUGGCCGUGGACCCAGCAGGCUUCAUCCCUGGUGUCAGCGCGGGGCUGUCCCUGCUGUCCCUGGCCUGGGCUUUGGUCUCCUACAGCCACUUCACCUUCCUGAUGAAGCCUGGACAUCUGAGCCCACCAGCUGCUGUCAUCCUGUGCCUGCUGCUCUGGAGGACAGGGAUGUUGGGGACCCGGGUCCUAGCCCUGGUGCUCUUUGCCAGGCUCUAUUCCUUCUGGGUUUUCGUUGUGGCAGGGGUCCACUGGCUGCUCAUGUCCUUCUGGCUGGGGGCCCAGCAGACAGAUAUCGUGGCCCAGCCGUGCCGCUGGAGGCUCUUCAACUGCCUGCUGGGAGCUGUGUACAUCUUCUGCUACAUCAAUGUCCGGCCCGGCCCCUCCAGGACCAGGGUGGCUGUGUUUUAUGCAAUAAUGAUGAUGGAGAACACGCUCCUGCUGCUGUUGGGCACCCGGUUCCUGCAGACAGAGCUGAGGAACAGCCUGACUGUGACUGGGGCUGUCAUGUCAGGGUCUUUAAUAGGUACCACAGCUCUGGUGAUUUACUACAGCCUGCUCCAUCCCAAGUCCACUGAGAUCUGGCAGGGAUUCCUGGAGACAAUGUGCAGUGCUGCAGCAGCUGGGGAUGAGGAGGUGUCUGGAGAGAGCUCCCAAGCUGGGCAGGGUUCAGGGACUUUGGGAGAUGAGGAGUCCUUGCCAGUGGAAGAGACCAAGACAGAGCCCAAAAAUGAGACCAGCUCAUCACUGCUGCAGUCCAAAGGGUGUUUGGAGGACAGCUGGACAGACCAUCACCACUGGCUGCUGGUGAAGCUGGCCUUGAAGACGGGAGAUGUGUCUGUGAUCAACGCAGCUUUUGGGGAUGGUGGCGUGGGAGAGGCUUUUCCUGGAGGAUGGGUGAUGGGGAAACCCCCUGGUGCUGAGCCUGGGGCAAACUCUUCCCUCCCCAUGAGGGACAUCCAUCCCUCUGGACUGGCAGUGGGGAAUGGAGGAGGCAUCAAAGCCAGCGCUGGUGCUCUGGGAAUGGCACAGGAGGAGGGAGCAGGGCAGGAGCUUGAUUUUCCCCCAUCCACAUCCCAUCCCAGUGGCUUCUCCCCGGAUUCAACCGAGAGCUCCUCUGUGUAUUUCAGUGCAAGUGCAGGAGGCAUCGCCUCACCUGGGACAGGGACAGCCACAGCCACAAGCAUGGCCCUGGUGCAAAGGGACAGCAAAGCUCAGCCUCCCCCAGGCUACCUGGGAGAAGGAGGAGGAGGAAGAGGAGGGGAUUUAUCCCUUGGGACAGCCAGCAUCAGUCCAAUCCUGGGCGCUUUUGCCCACAAGCGUCUGCAGAGAAGCUCUUCCUUCAGCAACACAGGCAGCUGUGGGGUGGCAGGUCUCCCCAAAGAGGGCUCAGAGCCCACAGGGACAGAGGGUGCCCUUGUGGGGUGCCAUCACCUUUGGGACACCUACCCUUGUGGCCCACAGGGGACUGUGGUGAGGAGCAAGCUGAGGUCACCGUGCUUCACCUCCACCCCCAAGGCCGGCCCUAAAUACUCCCAGCGAGGACUGGGGGAGCUGGGAGAGGGGACAGACCUGUCUGGGUUACCAGAGUGA